UUCGAGCCCGAGUUUCAGGCUUUGCUCUCGAGGCUGAUUUUUUCCAGCAGAGGGUUCUUGGGCAGUGGCUAUGGGGGCAGGAAUGGCGCAGCUGGAGGGUUACUAUUUCUCGGCUGCCUUGAGCUGUACCUUUUUAGUGUCUUGCCUCCUCUUCUCCGCCUUCAGCCGAGCGCUGCGAGAACCCUACAUGGACGAGAUCUUCCACCUGCCGCAGGCGCAGCGCUACUGUGAGGGUCAUUUCUCCCUUUCGCAGUGGGAUCCUAUGAUUACUACAUUACCUGGCUUAUACCUGGUGUCAGUUGGAGUGGUCAAACCUGCCAGUUGGAUCUUUGGAUGGUCUGAACAUGUUGUCUGUUCCAUUGGAAUGCUCAGAUUUGUUAAUCUUCUCUUCAGUGUUGGCAACUUCUAUUUACUAUAUUUACUUUUCCGCAAGGUACAACCCAGAAAUAAGGCUGCUUCAAGUAUCCAGAGAAUCUUGUCAACAUUAACACUAGCAGUAUUUCCCACACUAUAUUUUUUUAACUUCCUUUAUUAUACAGAAGCAGGAUCCAUGUUUUUUACUCUUUUUGCCUAUUUGAUGUGUCUUUAUGGAAAUCAUAAAACUUCAGCCUUGCUUGGAUUUUGUGGCUUCAUGUUUCGUCAAACAAAUAUCAUCUGGACUGUUUUCUGUGCAGGGAAUGUCAUUGCACAGAAGUUAACUGAAGCUUGGAAAACUGAGCUACAAAAGAAGAAGGAAGAGAGGCUUCCCCCUAUUAAAGGACCAUUUUCAGAAUACAGAAAAAUUCUUCAGUUUCUUUUGGCUUAUUCCAGGUCCUUUAAGAACUUGAGUACACUUUUCCUUUUGACUUGGCCCUAUGUCCUUCUGAUAUUCGUGUUUUGUGUUUUUGUAGUAGUUAAUGGUGGAAUUGUUAUUGGUGAUCGAAGUGGUCAUGAAGCCUGUCUUCAUUUUCCUCAGCUAUUCUACUUUUUCUCUUUUACUCUCUUUUUUUCCUUUCCUCAUUUGCUAUCUCCUAGCAAAAUUAAGGCUUUUCUUUGCCUAGUUUGGAAACGUAGAAUUCAGUUUUGUGUGAUUACUUUAGUCUCUGUAUUUUUAGUUUGGAAAUUCACUUAUGCUCAUAAAUACUUGCUAGCAGAUAAUAGACAUUAUACUUUCUAUGUGUGGAAAAGAGUUUUUCAAAGAUAUGAAAUUGUGAAAUAUUUGUUAGUUCCAGUCUAUAUAUUUGCUGGUUGGAGUAUAGCUGACUCAUUGAAAUCAAAAUCGAUUUUCUGGAAUAUAAUGUUUUUCAUAUGCUUGUUCACUGUUACAGUUCCUCAGAGACUGCUGGAAUUUCGUUACUUUAUUUUACCUUAUAUUAUUUAUAGGCUUAACAUACCUCUGCCAGCCACAUCCAAACUUGUUUGUGAAUUGGGUUGCUAUGCAGUUGUUAAUUUCCUAACCUUUUAUAUCUUUCUAAACAAGACUUUUCAGUGGCCAAAUAGUCAGGACAUUCAAAGAUUUAUGUGGUAAUGUCAGGGAUAUUUUGAACUCUAAAAGUAGAUUUAAUAUUUAGAUUAUCUCUGCAGUGAACAAUAGAAUAGGUAGAAAUUAUGGAAUUUCUUUUAGGCAUAAUGAUGAUCCUCAGGUCACAUCGGAUUUCUUACAUAUGUUUUAAACAUAUAUUAAGCGAUAAAGAGCUGAGAAAGUUUAAGACCUACUUCAAAAGCCUGAAUAAUGGCAAAACAUUACAAUUAUCUCAUGAUAACUCUUAGACAUUGUUGGCCACCCAGAAAGCUUGGCAACUUUUCAUAUAAACAAGUUUAAGAAAACUGGGUAUGCUUCAUAGUACUAGAACUACUUUAGUAAUUCUCUUCAGAAAGAAAUAAAGUAUUUGAAAAAUAUUUCCAAAUGAUCAGAUAAUAUUCUUGAUUCGAAAAUUGCUUAACAUUUCAGUACAUGCAAUUUUAACCUUGUCAGAAUAGAGUCAUAUAAAGUAGAGGCCCACAUAUGUUUAUCUAGGAACCAAGUUGUUGGUUUUUGUUUAAAAUGUACAAACCUGAAGCUCUUUCACUGAUUCCUAAUAUGAAAUGUAUGAUGGCCAAAGAUAAAUUGUGUUGGUUAUAAAAUCUUUUAAAAGGAGUUUUCUUUCUGAAAUACAUUAUUGCAUUAAUUUCCUAGGGUUGCCCUAACAAAUGACCACAAACUUGGUGGCUUAAAAAAUUUUCUCUCACAGUUCUAGAGGCCAGAAAUCUGAAACCAAAGUGAUAGCAGGGUAUGUUCCUUCUGGAGCUUCUGAGGGAAAAUGUGUUUCAUGCUUCUCUCCCUCCUAGCCUCUGGUGGCUGUCUGCAGUCCUUGGAGUUCCUUGGCUUAUUGACACUAUCACUCUAGUCUCUGUCUUCACGUGGCCUUCCUCCCUGUCUUCUCUUCUUUCUAAGGACAAUGUCAUUAGAUUUAGGGCCCAUCCUAAUCCAGAAUAAACUCAUCUGGAGAUCCUUAAUUUAAUUAUACCUACAAAGGCCCACUUUUCCAAGUAAGGUCACAUUCACAGGUUCCAGGUAGACAUUUUUUGUGAGACACUUUAAAAUCUGUUGCACAGUUACGAAAAGGACAUUUCAAGAUAAACCUAAGAUUUUUAGAGGAUAAUAUCUUUGCAGAGAUCUUUUAAAUAAAAUUUUAUCUUAAUUACAGCUUUACUACAGCUAAAAGUAACUCGUAUUUGAUUCCAUUAUACAAAAAAGUUAGAACUGAAAGGAAGUUGAAAAUCAUUUGAUCUAACCUUAUUCUGUAGAUUAGAGAACUGGAGGGGUAGGAUUUUUUUGUGUCAGUUUGGAUUCUGUGUUUACUAUUUCAGGGCAUUCAUUGGGUUGUCAUUCCAUUACAAGAAAGUAUU